AUGGAUGUCGACGAAAACACUUCAAGUGAUCCAAUAGUUUCUUCAAAUCAAACAGAUUUUGAACAGAUUUGGCUUUCAAUUGCAACUGAUAUUAUAAUUCGAAAGUUUGAAAAUUUAGAUGAUAUACUUGAAUUUCAUCAAUUAUCUGAUCAUUUACAAAACGAACUUAAAGAUACAGUUAUAUCAUUAAAUAAUAAUUAUAAAAUCUUUUAUGAUGAACAAGAAUUGAAAAAUUUUCAUGUAAUAUUAUAUUUCAAAGAUAAAGAAAAAUAUCUUGCAAUAUUUGAAGAACAAACUCAAUCACAACAAAUACGUACAAUAAUCAAUUCUAUGGGAUUAAUGUCAUUUUAUCAAUAUCUUUCGAAAUUUAUCAGUAAAGAUUCUGAACAAAGACAAACAUUAGAUAAUGAUCAUGAGGAACAAUCUCAACCAAUCGAACAAAAUAAUUCGAAUAAUACCGAAUCAUCGAGUUGUUCGAAAUUUUUUGGCAAAGUUCCAAAUAUUAAUAUACGGCAAUAUAUACCAACAUUUUCUCGCGAAUCAUCUUCAACUUCGACAUCAUCGUAUAAUAAAUUGGUUGAAAAUUGUAUGCUGCGUAAACUGGAAGGCAUCUCAAAUACGAAAUAA